CCCGCCUCACUCCUCUCUCCCCGCUCCUUCGUCAUAAUCAUCGCCGUCCCUAACGCUCGCAGCACAAUUAUUAUCAUUAUUCCAGGAAUUCGCGGGGCCCCACCCUCGUCCCGUCCCUGUCCGGCUGUCCCCCUCGCUUCGCCUGUUGGGGGCGCCCAGUACGGCCGGCCAACGAUCUUGGGCUGAGCUAAGCGGCGGCCGAACCCCCGUCAGAGAGAGAAAAUUUGCAAUUUUGUCUCCGCAGAGUGUUGGCUGAAUUUCUCCAAAAUUACCUCACAGAAAGCCAUCGAAUUAGUUCUCGGAAUUCUUCCAUCAAACUUGUUAUUUGGAGUUGAUGGUGAUUAGUUCGUUCGUGCAGGAGUGGGGCCGUUGAGGGGCCAACUCUGACAGGGAUACACUGAGCACACCAGCUGUCCUCCAUUACUUACCUUCCCACAAAGCUAUCUUCAAUGGCGCCCCUGCUGUAACUGUGACUGCCUCCUCCUCCGUCGCGUUCAUGGCUGCUCCUUAUAAUUAGCCAGCAAGAGUAGUAGAGCAACAACGAAGGUCGACGGCUUCGUCUUUUCUACAAUGUCGCGCUGUGGAAGAUUUCAUGAAUGCUUAGCUCUCGGCCUCCUAGCUGUCGCCGUGGCGAGCGGCGGAGUGGUCGCAUGGCGUCCCUGGCCGCACCAUUUCGCUGAGGAUGGAAGCUCUGGGGAGAAAAAUGCCGCCUUGGUCGCCGGAGGCGAAGCGGCGGCUUUGGGGGAGUCGAAGAAGUACGAGGGAUCGUCGGAGUUCGUGAAGCUACGGUACCACAUGGGGCCGGUGCUCACCGCCAAUAUCACCGUCCACCCCAUUUGGUACGGCAGUUGGUCGCCGUCGCAGAAGCAUAUCCUCCGCUGCUUUCUCCGUUCCAUCUCCGCCCCCUCCGCCCCGCGCCCCUCUGUCGCCGCCUGGUGGCGCACCGUCCGCCUUUACACCGACCAGACCGGCGCCAACAUCUCCGCCACUGUUGUCCUCGGCGCUGAGCGCUCCGACCGCCGGUACUCCCACGGCCGCAAGCUCUCCCGCCUGGCGAUCCAGAACGUGAUCCGCGACGCGGUGGCGGCGCCUCGCCGCCCGCUCCCAGUUAACCCCCGCGGCGGGCUCUACCUCGUCCUCACCUCCGCCGACGUCGCCGUGCAGGACUUCUGCCUCACGGCCUGCGGUUUCCAUUACUUCACCUUCCCGGCCAUCGUCGGCUACACGCUCCCCUACGCCUGGGCCGGUAACUCCGCGGUCCAGUGCCCCGGGUUCUGCGCCUACCCGUUCGCCGUCCCGCCCUUCGCCGUCGGCCUCCGCGCCGCGGAGCGGCCUCCCAACGGCGACGUCGGGGUCGACGGCAUGGUCAGCGUGGUGGCGCACGAGCUGGCGGAGAUGGCCUCCAACCCGCUGGUGAACGCGUGGUACGCCGGCGAGGACCCCAGCUUUCCCACCGAGAUCGCCGACCUCUGCGAGGGCAUCUACGGCACCGGCGGCGGCGGGGCCUACACGGGGCAGAUGCUCAUCGACGGCCGCAGCGGCGCCGCCUACAACGUGAACGGCGUCGGCGGCAGCAAAUUCCUGGUCCAGUGGAUUUGGAACCCAUACUUGAGCUACUGCAGCGGACCCAACGCACUCGAUCACCAGUAGCGACCUCCAUUUUUGCUUCAAAAAUCACUUUUUUAGAUCCUUCUCUUUUUUUUUUCUUGUUGGAAUCCUGUUCUUGUCUGUACUCACUACUGAGUGUAUGAUGAUCUAUUUAGCUAAAUAAGGAGAAAGACGAGGACAUGGCCGGAGAAGUUGCUGCUGCUAUGGAAGAUGACGACGAGUAUGUUCGCAAAUUAUUGCUUGUACAAAUUGGAUUCUCUUUUACUUGAUCUCCGCGUCGGUCUCUGAA